AUGGUGGGCUACACUGUCGACGGCAACGGCAAAGAGGUCGGCUUUGUGGCGUCGGUGUCGGUGGAUGUACCCGAGUGUCCGGACCUUUCGGGGUGUAUGAACAUUUCUCGUGAGCGAAUGAAGCGCACAAUGCUCAUCAGUCCUUCACAAGAAGAGCCCGAGGCGACGUCGGAAAUUUUCAUCAUGGGAGCCACCGAUGCCAACGAGUUGGCUCUGGUGGCAAACGCUCAGCAUCGACUCAGGAUGGCCGCGCUCUGCGAUAUCUCGCUCGUGAUCGACUCACAAAACAUCACAAAGCGGACGCUCGCGCUCGAGAAGAACUGGGUCCCCGAUGAAAGUCGCUCUUGUUGCACCGUUUGCAGCCGCAAGUUCCACAAGCUGCAUCGUCGCCGACAGCACUGUCGAAUGUGCGGCGACGUCAUCUGCAAGACCUGCUACGUUACUCGGUCUGUGCCUGCAGCGAACACCGACGACGAUGCUCGCAAAUGCAAAUUUAAGGGUUCGGGUGCUACUCGCCCGACGAAAGUUUGCGUGCGAUGCGUCAUGGACCUCCGUGGUGUCGACAAGCGGCUCAACAACUUCUCGCCAAACGUCUCGAAAAUGCUCUUAGUUGGUACGGACUCGACGGACGCGAAGCGAGAGCCCGCUGUGGGGGGUUGUGCGUUGAAAUCGGCAGAUUCCUUCUUCACCUUCUACGAACUGGGCGCGAGCAAGAACAGUGCUGCGGACCUCCACCAGCUCCAGAUCGUUCCUUCACUGGCACUCACCGGCAUCGAUGGUGAACUGGAGAAAAAGGCGAGCUCGUCCAGUUUUCGAGCUACUGACAGUAUCGGCGGAAUUGGGGCAAUGGUUUCGGUCGGAUCGUGGGCCUCCAAGCGCACAGGCCCAUCGUUCUCCACCAACCCGGCCCACUCAAGUUCAUCCGGUAGACUUCGUGGUCUCUCCCAACUCAGCCGCCGCAGCUCUACGUCGAGUGGGGCCGACAAGCUCGAAGAGAAGGUGAAUCUUCAGAGCAACAAGAUCCACCGUGUUGUCGCCAUUUAA